GAAGCCGGGCCGGGGCGGCCAGCGAGCGAUUUGCAUGAGAGACAGACUGGGAAUGAGCUGGAGUGGGCGCCUCUCCGCGCGCACAGAGAGGGGGUGGAGGAGGAGGAGGAGGGAGCUGCCGCCGCCGGCGAGGAGCGGCGAACUCCGGGCAAAGUUUGGUGCCGAGGUCCCGAGGAGCUGAAGGAAGCGGUGGGGAAGAGCCCGGGGCCGGGCUUUGUGCUGUGAGAGCGGGGGGCGAGCGCGGAGCCGGGGCGAGCCAGCAUGUCCUCCAUCCUGCCCUUCACUCCUCCCAUCGUCAAGCGGCUGCUGGGCUGGAAGAAAGGGGAGCAGAACGGGCAGGAGGAGAAAUGGUGCGAGAAGGCGGUGAAGAGCCUGGUGAAGAAGCUGAAGAAGACGGGGCAGCUGGACGAGCUGGAGAAAGCCAUCACCACGCAGAACAUCAACACCAAGUGCAUCACCAUCCCCAGGUCGUUGGAUGGCCGGCUGCAAGUAUCCCACCGGAAGGGUCUUCCCCAUGUGAUCUACUGCCGGCUGUGGCGGUGGCCAGACCUUCAUAGCCACCAUGAGCUGCGGGCCAUGGAGAUGUGCGAGUAUGCCUUUAACAUGAAGAAGGAUGAAGUCUGCGUGAAUCCUUACCAUUACCAAAGAGUGGAAACCCCAGUGUUACCUCCGGUGCUGGUGCCUCGGCACACAGAGAUCCCAGCUGAGUUCCCGCCGCUAGAUGAUUAUAGUCAUUCUAUUCCAGAGAACACUAACUUCCCAGCAGGUAUCGAGCCACAGAGCAACUACAUUCCAGAGACACCUCCUCCAGGCUAUUUGAGUGAGGAUGGAGAAACCAGUGACCACCAGAUGAACCCCAGCAUGGAUGCAGGUUCUCCAAACUUAUCGCCAAACCCUAUGUCUCCGGCCCACAAUAAUCUGGAUCUGCAGCCUGUUACCUACUGCGAGCCAGCUUUCUGGUGCUCCAUAUCCUACUAUGAACUCAACCAGCGAGUGGGAGAGACUUUCCACGCCUCUCAGCCCUCUAUGACCGUGGAUGGUUUCACUGACCCAUCAAAUUCUGAACGCUUCUGCCUUGGUUUGCUGUCAAACGUGAACAGAAACGCAGCAGUGGAGCUCACAAGACGGCACAUUGGAAGAGGAGUGAGACUCUACUACAUCGGUGGGGAGGUGUUUGCCGAGUGCCUUAGCGACAGUGCCAUUUUUGUCCAGUCUCCCAACUGCAACCAACGCUAUGGCUGGCACCCAGCAACAGUUUGCAAGAUUCCACCAGGAUGUAACCUGAAGAUUUUUAACAACCAGGAAUUCGCUGCUCUCUUGGCUCAGUCUGUAAAUCAGGGCUUCGAAGCCGUGUAUCAGCUGACCAGAAUGUGCACAAUCCGAAUGAGCUUUGUCAAGGGAUGGGGAGCGGAGUACAGGCGGCAGACGGUGACCAGCACUCCCUGCUGGAUCGAACUGCAUCUCAACGGUCCUUUGCAGUGGCUGGACAAGGUCCUGACACAAAUGGGCUCGCCGAGCAUUCGUUGUUCCAGUGUCUCCUAAGCAAGACCCACUCCUGGGGGUGGGUAGGGGAAACAAAGACUCUGGGAAAUGGAAUUGGCUUAACCCUUAGCAAAAUGCAUUGUAACCAAAUCCCAGUUACUGAAGUGAUGAGGAAAAUAAUCUGCUAAAAAAAAAGACGUGGGUUUUCUUUGUUUUGUUUUGUUUUUCAAAUGAAAUACCCAUUUCAGCCACUUCCCCAGAAUCUGUCAGCACUUUGGGUACAAUGCUAUGGGCCAUUGCAGUUUGAAUUCCAAGCUGAAGUUGAUCAUGAUAAAUAACUGGACUUUGUUCCAGUGAAGAGAAGCCAGCGCUCUGCCCCCAGCCGUGUCACGCCUGUCCAGCUGCUCGCUCUGCACUGUUGGGGGCACGCAGGGGCCACUGGGAGCUCGAACAAAACUUCCCGUUUGCCUCACACCAUCCCAGCCUCAUGCUAUGUGGCAUCUCUGAAAAGCUGUGGGACUUUGGGACGACUCUUGCUCUUGCAUUCCUGUCGCCAUUCACCUGAUCCACAGCUGCCCUCCCUGGGAUUGCAGCAGUGGGGGAAAAGGAAGCAUUUAAAGGACACACAAGAACUGAUUCCCCCAAUAACGUUCCCAAGAGGAAUUACUUUCCCACACUGGACUUCUAACAAGAAGGCAGAGUCUUGCUUUGUGCCCAGGGGAUGCAGCUUCUUUCCUAAUGUUCUCAGACUGGGCUGACAUGGAGCAAAAGGCCGAACUUAAGGCUUCUGCUGGUAUUGCUGCAGCAACUCGACACGCACUACUCACAGACAGACAUUUGUCAUGUGGGGAGCUCUGCCUGGAUAAGUUAAACCUUCCUUAUUGUGCAGCCUAUUUGCGUUAACUACAGAAAGUUUGUAUUCUCUUUUCUCAGUAUGUUGAACAGCAUCUGCCACUGCUGAAGGGUGAGGAGCUCUGUGAAUUUGACACCCAGGUCUGCUCCAGGGCUGGGAGCGAACAGGCCCUCGCUGCCACUUUCAGAAUAUGCAAUUUCUUAUUUAUCCCAUGCUGUCAUAUGUGACUGCGCAUGAACCAGGACACAAACCCCUCUGUUUAACACUUAUUUCAGCUGGUUAAAAUGCUCCGAGAGGGGUUUUGCCUGGAGAAAUUGGGAUAGUGUGUAUUUACUUGUAUUAUAAAAUGUUCAUUUUAAAUAUACAUGUUCCAGACUGUUAAAUAUUUUUUUCCUGCAGCAACUGUCACGGCAAACAACUUCCACAACUGGAAAAAAACCUUAGCACUUGUUUUUAUGGUUCAAAUUUGCCAAAUAAGUCUCAUUCCUUUGUCAGUGCUCUCCAGUUACCUGUUUCUUUAGCUCUGCAUUAAAUAUAUACAUUUGUGCUAAAAUAUUGCAAGGGGGAGGGAGAAAGCGAUCAUCAAUUUCCCAUGGAAAUUCUCAUAUAAGAAAGACAAACACAUGACCUGGCUCUGGGAAGGGCAAUUCGGAUGGACUUGAUGAUGGUUUGUGCCAAGGCUGAGUUUAUCCCGCAGACGUUUGUGUUCCCAGAUGCGAGCGUGAGCGGCCCUGCUGAGUUCAGGGGAGGUUUUCAUCAUGGUCCUGUAACAGGGUACUGACUUGAAAUAGCAUUUCAAACACCCAUCAGGAAUUUCCUGCCCGUUGGUAGAGAGGCUUUUCCAAUGUGCUUGCUUCUUCGAGACCACUCUUUAUCAGCCGCACCUCCUGGUUUGCAGAAACCCAGCCCUUUUGGACCUGAGGCACUGGCCAGAAGUGUCCGUGUGCCCCUUGUUUAGUGAGCACAGGAGCAGAGGAUCCAAGAGGCUCAUUCCUGGUGUGUGUUUUAUCAGGCAUGGGAAGGGGUGCUUUAGAGUUUGCUUCCAGAACCAAAAAAUGGAAUUUUGUAUAUGGCAUUUAAAUCCUGAGGAAGCAUUUCAGUGGUGGUUGUACUCUGAAUGCUACAGGUGCUUCCAAGUAUCCUCUGAGUGUCUCACUGGGCAGUUUGGCUGUACCAAAGUGCUGGAGGUUUCUAGGAUUCUUUCUGAGUGUUUGCGACGUGUCUGAUUUCAGUUACAUGGAUUUGUAACAUGCAAGCUUACGUGCUUGCAUGGACUUGUGCAAUAAGAGCACCUGUGUAAACCAGUAGUUUCUAGCCCCAUCAAAGCAGGCCUCUUGCUGUGAAUUGAUUUGUAUUUCAGAUACAGGUUUCUAACAGUUGGAAAUGAAAAUUUGCCUUUUGUGGAAGUAUUUGGCUUGCUAUUUUAGUGAGAGAGGCAGAAAAAUCUGAUGUAGAAUGGCCCCAGGCUUCCUCCCUGAGUCCUUAAGUCAUCUUUGCUUAUUGGAGUGAGCAAACUGUUUUCAUUGUCCACGUAAUCCUGGAGGAAGUUGGACUCUGGGGUGUCUUGUGCAUUAGUAAUGAAAAUGGCAGCUUAAAUUCCAGUAUCUGAGCAUUUGUUACCCAGGUUGGUGUGGACAGGAGCCUGGCCUGUCCCAGUGCCAUGCGCUGGACUAAACCCUAACUUUAAUACAAAGUUAAUGCACAAGGAAUCACCGCCUCAGCCAAACCAGAGCUGGACCUGGCUUUCUCCUAUGAACCAGACAUACAUCUUCUACUCAAUAAAGGACAUUGAAUUGCCAACUGUUAUUAAUAGAUCCUUUCUGAAACACAGGACUCAGAUGAUGCAUAAAAACUUGAGUUAAUCUCACCUCAUCAUCUCUUAAGUAAAAUGACUUUGAGUGGAAAAUGUAAGCUGGUCCAGCAGGGCAGUCAGAUAAAAUGGAGGAGAUUAUCUCCACUAAAGUAUUCAUUUCCUCUCCUCCCCUUUGUUUGCCUUCUCACUAAUUCAUAACAGCUUUCUGGUUUCUAAAGUUACCUUAUAAAGGCAAAUGGAAAGCCCUGUACCGUGCAACAGGUGAAAAGGUCGCGGUUGGGAAGGGGUGUGAUCCAAGGGACGCGACGGCUGCAUUUCCUUUUAUGUUGCGCAGUUGUGGUGGAUCAUAGGGAUGAAAGCCAACUCGGAUUGGAAACCUGCAUCACCAUGCCAUCCAUGCAGACACGAACGGAAGGGAAGAGGUAGCGAUCGGCUGCAGGUCAUUGUAGGCAGCGGUGCCCCAGAGGUGCGCGUGGCUGCUGCUUGCUUUGACUUUUAUCUAAACUUUAUUAAAGUAGCUUUGAUAUGUAGCACGAAUGUAUGCGAUCGGCCCUGGCCUCGCUUUGAUUCCACCUCUACUGGAAAUCUUCUUGCGUCAUGGUAGUUUCGGCUUGUUCUACCAGGAUUUCAUACAUUUUUGUUACUAGUUGAGAGUCACUAGCAGGAACUUUGACUCUUUAACCGGUGUAGCUGUACACAAGGGCCUGGCUGCUGGCAGAUGAUUUUGAUGGCCUUGUGGUUUUAAAUGACUGUGGUGAUUGGUUUUUUUUUUUUUUAUUAUUAUUAUUAAUGUAUUGAACUGAAUUGCAGUUUGUCCUUUGUGUUAAGCUUGUCAUAGAAGUUAUCCAGUGCUGCCCAUUUGAUUUAAUCGCUGGGAAUCAUCAUGUGUGUGUACAGAGAUGGAGAAGUCUCGUCGGGACAGAUUUCCCCAGAGCUCUGUCUGCUCACAUACACCACAAAAAGCCUGGGGUCACCUGUGAGAGGGAGCUCAGGUAGUCUCCUCUCCCCUUAAGGAUCAACAUACUUUGAGCCAUGCAGAGGCCUCCUUUGUGGGGAGAAGAAUAUUCAGGUCUUCGUCUCAAGCAGCAAGUAUUGACAUUUGUGCUUUGUGCUGCUGGCUGGAAAAUGCCCAGCGAGCAAGAACACAGCUCUGUGCAGGACUUCAGCCAUGUCACAGACCAUCCGGGAGCCUUCCCAGCUCCCUAAAGUCCUGGAUAGGUAGGAGGAAUAGGAUUUCACAAAUCAGCUGGUAAGCUAGAAUGAGGAAUAAUUAGUCCCUAUAUAGUAGCUGAUUGAGCAGUUAUGGUUAAGAAAUUCAGUCUAUGUGUUCUAUUAUGUACAUGCUUUUGUAUUUAUGUUUCCUUUCUUGAAUAUUCAGAUGAAUUGAGUAUUUAAUUCUUAACAGAAAGGGCAAGUAAAGAUUCAGAGGAUGAAAUCUUUGCUAUGUUCCAUUCUGGUGGUUGCUAGAAACCAGGCAGUUAUUGAUGUGAGAACAAGCAUCUCACCUCAGAACUGAGCAACAAACCUGGGCAGAUGAAACCGAACUUCUCCAGCAGGAGCCUUCGCCUGAGUUGCUGCUUUAUCUUUUAGCAGCAAGUCAGGUUCCCAGACAGGCCCUGGAAUUGUGCUCUUUUGAGAUAUAUGAGGCUUUAAAGAGACAAUGAGGUAUUUUCUCUCCCUAAAUGUUUUGAUUCAUCUUCUGUUUCCUCCAGUACGUGGAUCGGAGGGAGCAUAGUCUGCCCCAGUGUCUGCUGCCGAGAAGCCUCUCAUUUGCUCUCCCAGUGGAGGCAGCCCACUUUCCUCCUGCUGGGUUGAACUGUUCCCCCUUUGAUAGCGAUGUAUGAGCAUGUUUGCGUUAGCGUUUAGCUUUUCUUAACCUGAGAUCGUAUGUUAACGGAUGGCGCUGUCACCGACCCGCUUGAGCUUGUUAAGCAUUAUUUGCCUGUUGUGUUACUAAAGGCCUGUACCGUAUAUGCCCUCUUCUUUCCUAAGUGAAACUGUAAGUUCUAUUUUUGACAUUUUAAUAAACUUCGAUUUGAAAACUGAGGCUCAUGAGAAAAUAAGGGUAUUGUAAAAAUAUAUUUAAGGACACAAGCUGAGAGUAUUUGGAGUUCUGAAACCACAGGUAAUUCAGGGCCAGCAACAUCUUUAACCAUGGAUCAUGAGGGCUCUUCCCAGUGUUUCACAGGAGAUCUCAGUUACAGGCAA